AUUAAAUGUUUUUUUCUGGGCUCGUCAUGUCCGCCCGGAAAAGAAACCUCUCCGGAGAAAACGGCGCGCAGGACGGAGCGCAUCCCAGCAAAAAGCUCUCCCGGCCGGCGGGGACGAAGCACGUAGCCGCGCUGAUUCUGGCGAGAGGAGGGAGCAAAGGGAUUCCUCUGAAAAACAUCAAAAUGUUGGCGGGAGUACCGCUCAUUGGAUGGGUGCUGAGAGCUGCUGUUGACUCGGAGAUGUUUGACAGUGUCUGGGUGUCGACGGACCACGACACAAUCGAGAAGGUGGCGAUAGCUUGGGGUGCCAAGGUGCACCGCAGGAGUCCCGAGGUCUCCAGAGACUCUUCGACGUCCCUGGACGCCAUCCAAGAGUUUAUCAGACUCUACCCAGAGGUGGAUAUCGUCUGUAACAUUCAGGCUACGUCCCCCUGUCUCCAUCCGUUCCACCUGAAGGGGGCGCUGGAGCUGAUCACGGAGAAGGGCUUCGACUCGGUCUUCUCCGUGGUCAGGAAGCAUCAUUUCCGCUGGCAGGAAGUCAAGACGGGAUCUGGGGACCUAACCAAACCGUGCAACCUGGACCCGGCAAACCGGCCGCGGCGUCAGGACUGGGACGGAGAGCUGUGUGAGAACGGCUCGUUUUACUUCACCACCAAAGAUCUCAUAGUGACGGAGGGACGACUGCAGGGCGGUAGGCUGGCGUACUUUGAGAUGCUGCCAGAGUACAGCGUGGACAUAGACGUGGACAUCGACUGGCCUGUAGCAGAACAAAGAGUCCUCAGGUACGGUUACUUCGGUCGGGACACUCCAGAGAUGGUUAACCUGAUGUUCUGCAAUGUCUCCGGAUGUUUGACUGAAGGGCGGAUCUUUCUGUCCGUCUCCGGAGAGGAGAUGGUGUCCAUAAACACCAGAGACACCAUGGGCAUCCGCAUGCUGCAGAAAGAAGACGUUGAGGUGGUGCUGUUGACCUCCAGCGUGGACCCCGUGGCUCACUUGCUGGCUGAAAAGCUGACUCAGAGGACGGGCUGCAAGGUGAUGCAGGUGGACGAGGAGCCGCUGGAUACUCUGAAGCUGGUGGUGGAGCAGAGGAAGCUGGACUGGAAGGACGUUGCGUACAUGGGUAACGAUAAGCCUGACGUGAACUGUCUGAACCUGGCAGGUUUGAGCGCAGUACCCAGGGACGCUCCAGUGGUCGCCAUAAAUGCUGCAAAGUACACCUGCCGAAGUGUCGGGGGAAAAGGAGCAAUGCGGGAGUUUGCUGAACACAUUCUCCUGCAGAAGGAAAAAGCAAAGUCGCAGAUGAAGCGCGACCGCAUCGACCGCAAGAACUUCUAAUUUUAAACGUUUUUUUAAAAAAGGAAAUCAGCAUGAAAGCGAGUUUAGAGCUGGUGAAGUUCUUUUUUUUUUUUUUUGCACGAUUGAUAGAAUAAUCAAACGGUGCAAGUGUACAUCCAAAAUAUUAUAAUAUGAGAUGCAUAUCAAAUUUUAGAAGUAGAGAUUGCAGAUUUAAAUAAUUUCACUUGUUUACAAUCAAGUCUGACAGGAUUCAGGUCUUCCUGUUCGCUUCAAAAUUUGAGAUUUCAAUGCAUGCUUUGAAGUUAUUUCCAAAUAGAAUGAAUCUAGUCAAGCUGUGAAUACCAAAACCGGAAUGAGAAGUUAACAAACAUGGAGUGAUUGUAGCACUUGUGGCUUGAAGCGGAUUCCUCCUCGUCAGUCGAGGUUUACCAUAAAUACACAUAACUUUAACGUAAAUGUAAACAAUGAAAACUUUAACCAGUGGACUGAAAACUGUAUUUUUUCUCUUUAAAAUCAAGAACAGAAGGACUAAAACUGAAUUUGCUUUUUUUAAUAUAUUACAUCAAAUAGUGUCGAAAAUAAAUCUUUACAAAAAAGAAACAGAAAAUGUGCGUUACAAAAUUGUAUUUGUAGUUUUUAGAAAUGCAGGUUUUAAAUUUGAAUAACUUGCUAUUUUAUAUUUUGAGCUGAAAUAUUUUUAAAUCCAGAUGUAGUUGUGAAAAGUCCUAAAUGUGUGUUGACAAGUCUUCAAUACUCUUCUACCCGUAAAUGUAAUAAUUAAUAUGCUUAUGCUUUAUGAACCACCUGCUGACAAGACAUUUUUUAUGAAAGGUGGAUCUACUUUUUGUGAAGAUUCUUUUGUCUUUCUGAUUAAUAUGAAGCUAAAUCAAUGAGACAGCUAGCUAAGCUUAGCAUAAAGACUGGAAACAAAGGGAAACAGCUAGCUUGACCCUCUAAAAGUACCACUAUCAAUGUGUCUGUACCUGUGAAGUAAACCUGUGCUACAUUUAGCUAAUAAAACAUGCUAGCAGUAACAUAUUUUUUAACCCUUUUGCCUUGUUUCCAGUCUAAAUGCUAUGCUAAUCCACGAAAACAUGCUAGAAGUAGCCUUAUAUUGCAAAUU